GGUGGCAAAAAUCUAUGGAUGAAAGAUUUGUAUUUUCAAAUCGAGCGAUGAGCGUUAGAGAUAAAUAUGGUCACCUAGCCGGGACUUUUUUGACCCAGCAUAAUCCGUUUUUCCGUUGCGUUAGGUAUAUAUUUAGUCGUUGUUCCGCUGUUGCACCCACAAAAUCAAUGG